AAGCCCAUAGAACAAGGCCCUACUAAGCUCCUUACAACGACGCCGGUGAUCGGACACGAUGAAGCGGAAAUGAACCAAAACGAAGAAAACGCCGCCGUUGACGGCACAUCCCGAUACCGAUGGUGGGCCGCCGCGAGUACAGGUCAGUUACUAUGGGGAAUUUACGCUUAUAGGAGAGGUUUUGCCGGCGAAUGUCGAAUGAUGCCACUUAAAGCCUUCGCCGUCGCCUCGCUUUUCGUCGGCGCCACCGCCUCCGCCUCCAUGGCUUCUCUUCGCGCCUGCGGCAUCCACUCGGUGGAAGACAUGAAGGUUGUCGGGGAAAGUAUAAGAACUGGACUUGGGUUGACACGAAGGGCACGAGAAGAGUGAAUACUUCAGAGCACUAUCGCGAAUCAGUAGCCUUAAGACGAUUGACCAAGGAAGAUCUCCCCAUCUUUGUGUAGUAGUUUCUUGCUAAACUCAUUCCAAGGGGAGCACAUAUCUACCCAGGCAUGUACCCAAGUAAUAAAGUGGAUGACAUGUUUUUGUGUAUACUUAAUCGAUAAGUAUUUCCAACUAUACACUGCCAUGUUGUAGCAUUAUCAACUGCAUCUACGACAAGAGCAUCCGUUGUUUUGAGUUUUAAA